UGUUUUAUUCGACUUACUGACUAGGUGAAAAUUAUACCAAAAAUGAGGUUAAAAAAUAAAGAACGAAAAAAGGGUUUUUGGUCAGUUGUAUAUGAAACCUAUAAAGAUUUUGCCGAAAAUACGAGCAUUCAUGGUUUGAAGUAUACCGUUAUGAAAGAGAUUGGAACUUGGGAAAAAUCAUUUUGGACAAUAGUGGUUCUAUCUGGAUUCGUAACGUCAGUGUAUUUAACAUUUCUAUUUUGGGAAAGAUAUGUCAGUAAUCCUACAAGAACUACAAUAAUGAGUUACUAUGCACCUACCAGUAUGAUUCAAUUUCCAGCUGUUACAAUAUGUAAUAUCAACAGAAUUAUGGAUUCGAAAGUGGACACAUUUAUGAAAACGUUACAAUUAGAUGAAUCAGAAAUAAAUAGUGUAAAAAAAGCACUACCGGAAAUUAUGGGCUUUUCGGAACUAAAUAUAGACAACAGAUACAUCAAAGUUUUUCAAAAUAUUUUAGAGAAGAACUCUAUCUUUAAUAUAUCUUAUUUUAUGAAAAAUAUUGUGCAGAACUGCAGUGAAAUGGUCAAAUAUUGCUUGUGGAAUAACGUUCCAGUGAAUUGUUUAAAAUCGUUCAAAGAAAGCUUAACAGUUGAUGGCUAUUGUUGUUCUUUUAAUUAUGGGUCUACUGACACCAAAUAUCCCUAUACAGAUUUAAAUGGAUUUGGAGCUGGUAUAUCAGUGAUCCUAGAUCCUAUGCUUCAACCUGUACAAUAUUCAGACUAUCAAUCUUCAGGUUUUAAGGUUAUUAUUCAUGAUCCUGAUGAAUAUCCCGGAUUCCAAUCAACGACAAAAAUGAUAUCCAGCGGCACAAUAUCUUAUCUUCAGUUGUACGGCAUAAAGAUGAUGUGUAGCGAUGCAGUCAGAAACCUGCCAUUCAGUCAAAGGGAUUGCUAUUAUUCAGAUGAGUUAGAACUUCAAACUUUUACAGCGUAUAGUUAUUCAAAUUGUGUGACCGAAUGCGAAGCCUAUUAUUACUACGAAAACUGCGAUUGUGUUCCAUAUUAUUAUGAUUUUAUAGGCAAGCCCGAAUGUAAUAUUUCUAAAUUAUCGUGCAUACAUGACACGUUUUCUGAUGGGCAGGACUUCAGCAAUAUAUGUGAUUGUCCUUCGCAAUGUGAAGAUGAUUAUUAUGAUAUAAUAUCAGAAUAUUCCUCAUUCGAUUAUGAAGAAAGCAUGGGGAUGUCUUCAUUUGGAAAUACAACGAUAACUAAAGACUCGGUACUAAUAAAUGUAUUUUUCAACGACCAAUCUCAAACAAUUUAUUUAAGGGAUACAAUUUUUUCCACAAUAUAUCUCUUGUCAUCAUUUGGAGGAGUAUAUAGUUUGUUCCUAGGUUGCAGUUUGAUUACAGUUGUUGAAAUCAUUUACUACUGUAUGUUCAGAUUUUUUGUUACCAUGAAAUAUUUAGAUCGAGCAGAACUAGAGGAAAAACCAACCAACUUAACUAAAAUAGAAAUAUCUACAGUUUUUAAUAAACAGAGACAAGAUACGUAUUUUAAAUCCACAUUUUUGCCGUAAUAAACGCUUAUGUAACCUUUCAAAAAUACUUAGAUAAAAUAGCAGUAUCUGAAGAACAAUAUGUAUGAAAUAUUGGUUUGCUGGUUUCUAUUUCUAUAUUUUAUCGAUGAAACAAUUUUGAACAAAUUAAAAAUAAAUA